UCGAUCUGGACCAAUUUGCCGCUAGGAAAACGUUAGUAAAAUGUGGCGAGAACGCUGGGCAUGACGGAGGGGAAACGUACCUUGGCGAAAAUGUCGUCAACGAGAACGAGUAUCUGUCGGCCAUUUUCUGUAUGUUUUGUAGUGAAGAAGAAAGGUCUCAGCAUGGUGAUCGGUGCUUGUUGCCCCUCACCGCGGCGGCGGGUGGGUCACGUGACUGGAGCCCGCCACCAGCUCAUGGGUGGUCGCUUGGUGUGGAAUGGGUCUGUGCUGAUGUGGCGUCAAGCAGUUACAAAUAUAUAGAGAGUCUUAUUCUUUCUUCUCAUUUUUUGUUUUUUUUGGUGGCUCCAUAUGUGGUGGAUUGUAACGGCGCACUAUCUCAAGUCUCAGUGCCUGGUGAAGAUGCUAGCUCUGAUAAUAUACGCACUAGGAAUCUAUGUGCGACAUGUCUCUUGACACGAGGCUCCAGCAUAGUGCGAUUUCUUUCGUAUCUUCUUUCCGAUUUCUUUUUCAUUGAUUUCCCUUUUCUAGCUCUCGUUUCACAAAUCCUUUUUUGAUCAGAUUAAUCUCACAAAAUCAAACGGUUUUAUUGGAAAGUAUAACGGCAAUGGACUGGAGCGUGAGCAGGAAUACUCAAUGUUUACAACCGAAGCGCCUUGCCAUAUUGUGAAAAUCUAAAACAUCUAUGCCAUGUGGAGGUAUACA